GCAGUGCUUCGCUCACUCCGUGUGGUUUACUGUGACAUGUGUCCGUGUUUGGCUGUUUCUUUAGGCGCGAUAGUGAGCUUAUCAGUGUUUUGUACUCUGUGUUUGCUUGUGUUCUUAGUGGAGCAACGGGAACGGGUGGGAACGAAAUCGUGUUUUAUUGGCUACAGAGUAUAGUUGAUGGAACGACAAAAAGUGCUUGAGAUGUGACUUAAAUUUUACACGAAAGUCUCUUUACUGAGCAUCCAUUUCCUUCCAUAUUACAUUCGGCCUCAUUCCAAUUAUCUUCGAAAGUUAUAAGGCCUCGGAAACUCCAUGCCAAGCCUCCAGUGUAACCCGUUACCCAUCACCCGGCUCAGGUGCAGGUCACGUGACCGGUCCGGUCCAGGCUCACGCGGAGGAAAAACGGUGUCGACGCGGCGGGACCGCACACACACACAGCGGCACACACACAGACAGACGGACAGACGGACUGCCCGGGUCGGGUGUCGGGUGUCGAGUGUCUGUGGGCGGAGCACUGCCGGUGUCGCACGUCAGUAGCACGUGAGGGUCUUCAGCCGUAGGCACCGGCACCUCAACAGUGAAGAGCCCGAGCGCUUCUGUGAAUGAAGGGCUGGAACGCCUCUACCAUAGCGCUCUGAGGAAAGCGCAACUUCACUGCUGUGACGACGUGUGAAGACGGCGUUAUUGGCCAGGCUUAGUGCCUGAAGCUUUGCAGUGAGCACCGAACAGUGACGUCAUUCUCAGAGACCUCAGUGACGUCAUCGAAAACGGCUGGUCGUGUGUGUGCUCUGAGAGCCCGCUGUUAUCUGCAAGUGACCACACGAUAGCACCUGAGAGGCUCUAGUUGGCGGGCGGGUGAGACCCAGGCCGGCCGUGUAUUGCUGCUGUGACUCCGUGCAUGCACAAGAACCAUUGGAGGACUGUCACACCCGAGUGCUAAUCGAGGGGCCACUCGAGUCUGAUCCGAUCGGCACGGCUCUGUUGGAUGCCGUCUCACUCCGCCUAACCAGGUGUGGUGUCCUCAAGUUGAGCUGCUUCACUAGGAGAGGAUUCAGGGCAUCGGCAGUUAAAACUUCAUACCUCCCAGACGGACUCUUCCCGUACCAUGCACGACCAGCUCUCGAUGGCGACGGGUCACUACGUGCCGCUGGACGACUCGCGUUCGGGCGCGCCACGUGCGCACGUGCGCCGCUGUUUGUGCCUGCGGCGCAGCACGUGCCUGCUGCUGUUGGGCACGUGUCUAUACGUGGCGUGGCUGGCAGCCGGCGCCGCCGUGUUCUCGUUUCUGGAGCAACCCGCAGAGGACAGACUGCGGAGCCAACUGAACGAGCGCAUCAGCCAGUUCCUGGAGGAUAAUCAGUGUGUGCCAGAGUCGGCCCUGGAGGACCUCAUCACGGAGGUGGUGCUCGCCAACAACCGCGGCGUAUCGGCCUCCAAGAACAUCUCCACCGGCUCCAACUGGAGCUUCGGCCAGAGCUUCUUCUUCUCGGCCACCGUGGUCACCACCAUCGGCUAUGGUCACGUGACUCCGCUGUCGGAGGGCGGGAAGAUCUUCUGCGUGGUGUUUGCGCUGAUCGGCAUUCCACUGACGCUGGUCAUCCUGUCGGCCUUCGUGGAGAAGCUGAUGGUGCCCUCCACCAUGUUCCUGCAGUGGCUGAACUCGCGGCUUGGCCACCUGUACCAGCCGUUCAACAUCCGCCUGUUCCACCUGGCGGCCGUGGUGGUGCUGAUCGCCUGCCUGUUCUUCCUGGUUCCGGCGGCCAUCUUCAAUCGCCUGGAACCGGGCUGGUCGUUCCUGGACUCGCUCUACUACUGCUUCAUCUCCCUGACCACGGUGGGCCUGGGCGACUACGUGCCGGGCGACCGGCCCGGCCAGCAGUACCGGCCGCUCUACAAGGUGGCCAUCACAGGUUACCUGCUGGUCGGUCUGGUGAUGAUGAUGUGGCUGCUGACGGUGUUCGCCGAGAUCCCGCAGCUCAAUUUCGGCAUCUGGUUCCUACACCAGUCGGAUGAGACGACCGCCGACCCGGAAAAGAUGCGGCUGUCGGGCGCCUCGGCCGGGCCCAAGUACACGCAGCAGAUGGAGAAUCACGUGAAGGCGACCAGCCGGCCGGCGGAGGAGACGCCCAGUCCGGAGGAGACCACUCCGGUGCACGCCCGGCAGAAGUGAUCCGUCAGCGAUCCUACGGCAGCCGGUGCCCUCCUCGGCAGCCAGUAGGUGGCGCGCCGCACCGGAGACGGCCGGCCUAGGUGGCGCUGCUAUCGCUGAGCGACUGGUCCAGAUGGCGCUUCGGAGGGAGGGGAGGCUUCCGGUGGUGCGCAGCAGAGUGGAACGUCUGGAACGUCUGGACCGUUCCUCGUAUUGAGACCCGCGCGGAGCCUCAAUCACACGACACUGACCUGGUGAUCUCUAUCAGUAGCUGCCGGCGGUGGUCUGACCUGCAGCUGACGGGGGGGGGGGGGGGGGGGGGUCCGGCUAGCCAUCUGGCCGUCGGAACUGCCCCUGGUGCUGGGGCUGGACCGGUGGCACAACGGGCGCUGAUGUCACCCUGAACUGGGGAGAGACUGAACUUGUCUGCGAUCUGAAAGUGGAGCGAGGUGGGACUGGUUCAUGUGUGAGGUUGGAGAUAUUAGUGGAGCUGGAUUAAAUCCAUGGCUGGUGCAGGAAAUGGAGCCGUUCUCAGAGCUGGUGCUGCUACUGUAACGGGCUGUUCAGUACUGCCCCGCCAAGGAGACCGAGUCCGAGUCUGAUAUUAUCGGAUGGACACUGGCCUUGUUCACACCUCUGCCGCCUGGUGUCUGUGGUGUCAGCGAUCACCUAUCACUGAUGGUGUCAUUGCUGUCAGUGGUCGUAGAUGGCUGCCCGUUAGCAUCUGCCAGCCUGAGUGUCGGCCGAUAUCGAGCUCUGCUAUAACGGAUCGAACAGCUAUCGAAUAGGAGGAGACGAGCAGACAAGCUUACCGAACUACCGGCGCCUCUCCGGAAUAUGUCGAGGAAACGGCGACCGAUAGCAUGCCCGAAGCCAGUUCUGCUGGUGUCGAUCUGAGAAUUUGGCGAUUGUGUUUUAUUUUCAAUGCCGUCACAUGCGAUAUUCCUUGUCUGUUGAUGCAUAGUAUGUGUAUGUGUGGCUUAAAAUGGCCGC